CCUUUCUUUCUCCCUUUCUUUCUUCUUCCCUUCCUUUCCCCUGAUCAUGGCUCUCCGCCGGGGUUCCCUCCUGCCCCUCUUCCAGCCCCUGCGCCCCUUUGGCACCCGCUUCGGGCCAGCAGCAGCAGCAGCAGCAGGGCCACCACCAGCCCCACAGCCCCCCUACGGCGGCAGCAGCAGCAGCAAGAGGGCCCAGGGUCGCAGGACCCCCGGCAGCCCCAGCGGAGGAGGAGGAGGAGGAGGCGAGGAAGAGCGGGGCCCCAGCCGCCCCUACUCCAGCGCCAGCCCCAACGCCACCAGCCCCCCCGACCCCAAGGCCUUCCUCUGGGCCCGCUAUGGGGAGAUGAAGAGGCUGGUCCAGGAUUUGCUCCCACCUGGGGUUUGCAAUCUUCUGAACCCGUCGACCAUCUAUGCCAACAAUGAGAUUUCGCUAAACACGAUCGGAGUCUAUGGCUUUGACUAUGAUUACACACUAGCAUUGUACUCUCCUGCCCUCCACUCUCAGAUCUAUAACACUGCACGGGAAAUCCUUGUGGAGCAGUAUAAGUAUCCAAAGGGCAUUUUGAAGUAUGAAUAUUGGCCCAACUUUGCCAUUCGGGGUUUGCACUAUGACAUUGCCAAGGGUUUGCUCAUGAAGAUAGAUGCUUUUCACUACAUCCAGCUGGGCACAGUGUACAGGGGCUUGAAACCUGUCCCAGAUGAUGAAGUGCUGGAGAUGUACGAUGGUACCCAUCACAUCCCACUGCACCAGGCGAGUGGCUUCUAUGGAAAGGGCCCAGCUAUAAAACAAUUUAUGGACAUCUUUUCUCUGCCUGAAAUGACCCUCCUGGCUGUAGCCAAUGACUUCUUCAUCAGCAACGACAUUGAUUACGACCCAAUCCAUCUCUACAAAGAUGUUACGGAUGCUAUCCGGGAUGUUCAUAUCAAAGGUUUUAUGUACAAGUGGAUUAUGCAGGAUCUGGAGAAGUAUAUUCUGCGUGGGGAUGAGACCUAUGCUGUGCUGCACCGCCUGGCCAAAAGUGGCAAGAAGCUCUUUCUCAUCACCAACAGCCCUUUCAGCUUUGUCAAUAAAGGGAUGCGGUACAUGGUGGGUAAAGACUGGCGGGAUUUCUUUGACGUAGUCAUCGUCCAAGCAGACAAGCCUCACUUCUUCAAUGAUUGUGUCAAACCUUUCCGGAGACUAGACAGCAAUGGGGAUCUGCAAUGGGACAAAAUAAAUAAGCUGGAGAAGGGUCAGGUGUAUAAGCAGGGCAAUCUCUUUGAUUUCCUCCGACUUACGGGAUGGCGUGGAUCCAAAGUUCUCUACUUUGGCGACCAUCUCUACAGUGACUUGGCGGACUUGAUGUUGCGGCAUGGCUGGCGGACAGGGGCCAUAGUUCCCGAAUUGGAAAUGGAGACAAAAAUGGUCAAUACAGAGCAAUACUCACAAGGGCUCACGUGGCUGCAAGCUUUGACUGGGUUGUUGGAGCGCAUGCAGAUGUUCCAAGAUCCAGAAUCCCAGCAGGUGCUGCAGGACUGGAUGAAAGAGAGGCAGGAACUCAGGGCACUCACCAAGAACCUCUUCAAUCCUCAGUUUGGUAGCAUCUUCCGUACCUGCCACAACCCCACAUAUUUUUCACGGCGCCUGUGCCGCUUCUCGGACGUCUACAUGGCUUCGCUCAGCUGCUUGCUCAACUACGACCUCAACUACACCUUUUACCCAAGACGUACCCCACUGCAGCACGAAGCUCCUCUCUGGAUGGACCAGCUCUGCACCGGUUGCAUGAAGACUCCCUUUCUGGAAGAGAUGGCGCACAUCCGCUAAGGACCUUGUGGCCGGUGGCAGAGGACUGGCAGAGGGGUUGUGUCCCUCUGCCUCACACUUUCUAAGUGCCAUGAUGGGCUGACUACAGUCUUUCGUGUCCAGUUUUCUUAAACUGAAUUGCCUGUGAUCUGUGGCGCACAUGGAUGUGUGUAAAAUUUACAAGGUUAGAGUGCCUGGUAGAAAUUUCAUAACUGCAUGAAAAAUGUCCUGGAUGAGCACUAUGGACAUUGGAAGUGUUUGACUGGCUCUCAGCCCAGGGUCCAGAUAUCACCAGCAUCUUUCCAAGAACCCCAUCAACCAUGCGAAAUCAGUCUGCGACACCUCAAUGGAGAAUGGUCUCUGUUCUGUCCUCAUUUGUCUUCAGGGGCUCUCUGUGUAUUUCGUAGUCACAAGAAGAGGCCCCUUGGGUUGGACAUUGUUUUGUCUUGGGGUGAGAUCCAUCCCCCUAGCACAGCACACAUUCAGCAUCUGCUGGGGGAAGCCUUGGCUUUCUCACUCUACUCCACAGGCCUCUCAGCUACCCAAUUUCUCCCACAUGAUCAACAGGUCUUUUGUAGUGUUUGAAGUUUACAUACCCACCCACAAAUGUUGGGGUGUGGGCUUUUCUUCCCAUCCCCUUUGCUUGCCACAGUGAUAUACAGGGUAACUGGUCAGGGAACUUUUUGGGAGGGAAUGUUCUUAUCUCCUAGUGAAAUGGUAGGGACAUCAGGUGCUAUGGGAUGGGGAGGGGGGGUCUUUAGCUGAUAACUGGAAUCUUGUAAUUUUAAUAAAGACUUCAUGAAACUUU